UACAAUAUGAAUGUAUAAAAGGGCGUAAGAGAAAGGUUUGCGGAUAAUCCAUACACUGCAGCCUACGAUAAGUAACGACACGGCACGAAAAUUUCCUUCUGUUCAACCUCUAAACCAGACAUCACCGAUCAAACACGGUCACUGGAAGAGCCCUACGACAUGGAUGACCUACAAGCUAUGGAUGCCAUCAUGACUGCUCUAGAUCUUCUUCAAGGUGGAACCCAGUGUAUCAACCAGCAUCACCAGGUCAAGAUGUCGGAAUAUGAAGAUGUCGGAACAGGUACGGAGUCUGAAAUUAAUGGAGGCGGUACACCUCCAAAGUCCACGAGUAUAACAGGCUUAAUUUCCCCAAUGCUGGCAGGUGACUAUCCAUCCCUAUCGAGACGUCCGAAUUCUUCUGAUGUAGGUGUCGCACACAGCGGAGAUGCCAUCUCUAAUUCUGGUGCAGGGUGUGCUUCUAAUAGAGGCCCAUCAAGACAUGGACAAGACUCCUCUUCUGGUGCAAGGGGCGCUUCUCAUGUUGGUCAGACAUACAUUGGUCAUGUAACAGAAGGCUUUGCUGACGUUGGCCCGGCAUAUGAAGGAAGCGCCAUCAUCUCUACUGGUUCUCUCGAUAUUCCCCUAUUUGUCCAACGUACAGCAUAUGGGGCAUCUAUGUUUGACGAGGAUGAGGGUGAGGAUGAGGUUGAUCUCCCUGUACCGCAUCUUAAAGGUAGACGCCAAGCUAUUGGCCCAAAUAGUCCAGUGACGUCGAGUAAGAGCAACCCUGCUACCAAGCGAAAGAGGCCACGCCCCGGAAAUAAAAUGUCAAUGAAGGCGAGUCAGAUGGUCCAGAGCUUGGAUCAAGAGCAGGACAAACAACAACGAACCAAGGCCAGAAACAUCUACCAUGCUCAGAUGAGCAGAAGGAGAAGAAAGCUGAGACAAGCGGUCCUGGAACAGGAAACAGCCUGGUUGCAGAGAGACAUCAGCCGACUGGAAGCCGACAUCAGAUGUCUCAGCAAGGAGGUUGACGUUUUCUCUAACGUGCUGACGAAUCACUCAUGUCUGGAUGUCUUCAGUGAUGUGUGAAUAACAUAAUAAUAAUAAUUAGCCCCACUAGGCUGAUUAUCCUCGGAGGGACGAAAGACACCAACAGUGAUGUGUCAACACGGAAGACACCAUCAGUGAUGUGUCGUCACGAACAACUUCAUGGCAGACACUGUUACGGUCAGUGUGUGAACAGCCUUGGCUGAUAAAAGUAAAGCUGUUUGGUUUCAUACCCCUAUGUCAAAAACAUUUAUGCGAGCUCUGAACUCCCCAAAUGGGAAUUCAUCUGGUUAUUCCGUUACAAAGGACAAGGGAUUGCUACCGAUAGGGCAAGACGUGAUAAACCUAUCCGAGAAACCUGGUGUCAUCACUGAUUUUUAUUGAUCCAUUCAAAAGGUUAUCAACCCUUGCACGCCCAGUGGAAUCUGUUUCAGUAGAUAAUCGAAAGUGCUUCGUAUGACUAAAAGUCCUCUUCUUGUUCAGACACUUGCAAGUUUAAUGACUUAUGACACGAUCAAUCGAUGGUUAUUGCUGAAAUGAGGGAACAAUUAUUUAAUCAAAAUCCAAUGGUGAUCCGUUCGAAGACCCAAGAUGAAUUCCAAAUUCCAAGAAAUCACCAAAAUUAACAUAUUUCCGGAUUAACAAAUAAUAAGAAGGGAUUAUUGCCCCAUUGAAUAUUUACCGACGUUACUUAUAAGAAGAGUCUGGCGUAUUGGACUUCUGGAUGAACAAGUGUUUGAAAUAAUUUUGAAACCCAACGAGACAGUGGGGCAGGUGAUCCAUCUUCAAAGUUACCUGUCCGCAUUCAGACAUUAUAAAUAUUGAAAUAUCGUGACAAUUAAGAGACAAAUCGCGUCUUGAGUCAGUUGAAAUAAUGCUAACAAUUACUUAAGAAUCAACAAGAAGUUACAAUAAAACUUAAUACGGAAGUUGUCUUAAAAUUAUCUGCCAGACAGUCAGACAGAAGGAGGAAAAUCUCAUGCAGCCCUACAGAAAAGUUACCUGCCACGGGCAGGCGGGCAGGCAGUUAUUUCGGACACUGGGAUGAACGGGUUUCAGAUGAAUGGUGUUUCAGUGAAAUAUGAUAUACUUGAACUCCUUUGUCUUUGACGCCAUGUCCUUCAUUUACGAUAGAUACCAUGCGUUGCUGCGUAUGUAAUUGAAUUCAUAAUUAUUAUUGACCUUUUGUUCCUUUUAUUCACCAUAUAUGUAACGGUUUGGAGAACAACUUAUCUCGUAUAAUAUAGUUAUGAUAGUCGUAUCAAUCCCUGUGUUAUACUACAGUACGUAAUCAAUGUUGACCUUGGACUAAGACGUGGGGCGUUUUUAACGUCCACUGUCGUGACCUUGACCAGCACUCACGACGUUCUGUUAACAGCUGGUGUCAUGUGUGCAACUUUGCAGUAGGUGUGGGUCUUUGAUAUAUCUCUUUCAUUUUCUUGGCAAUUAUUUCCUGUUUACUAUUGACCAGUCUCCGAAAUCGCUCAGGUUCCUUUGAUUCAUACGGAAAUUGCUGUGUAUAAAUAAUAGCUUGUUUAUUUUAUUUUCAAAUGAAACAUUCGUCAUGGUCUUUUUUAUAUUUAUUGUAUAUUUAUAUCAUAAAGGCUUGCUUAAUUGUCAAUUAAAUUAUAAAGUUUUGCGCGAAUA